UCGUAGCUUUAGAAACAAAAUUUUCAGAUUACAUCCGUCUGGCUAAAGUUUUUUUUAUAUUUUACUAAAAAUUGACCAAAUUUUAGUAAAUAUUUAAAAUGGGAAAGGCAAGAGAGCGACUGCGGAACCUGUUCCGCAGAAACAAAAGGCGCAAAACUCCACCUCCCGAAGAGCCGCAACCUCCUCCGGAUAAUUUGGAGAACUUUAAUGAAAAACUGCCAAUGAAAGCGGACGAAGGUGAAAUGAAGACCUACUUCCAUGUGGGGCUCCUGGCUAAGAUGUGCCUCAUCCACGGCUAUAACAAUGGCCCGUGGAAGCUGCAGACCACCUCAAAGACGGAAGGGGAACUAUUUCUGAGCACUUUCGGUGAGGGCUAUCCGUCCCUGAACGAUGCCUACGGUGGAGUCGAGGCGUACCAGGAAAUCGAGAACUUCUAUACCUCCCUCGCCUGGCUGACCGAUAGCCUUCUCUGCGCCGACAUUGCGGCGCGUGGCGAGGCCUUCGAGGGCAAGGGGCAAUUCGUCCUGAAAAACACAUUCGGCCUUAAUGACGACAAUAAAUUUGAAUUCCAAUGCAAGUGCAAGUUGGAUAUCGAUCGUAAUCCGAUCAGAAUGGAACUGGAGGUACCCAUCUAUAAGGAACCAUUACUGUUGGGCUAUCUUACGGUGACUCCCGCGGAGAACUUCAUCCUGGGCUGUCGUGGAGCUUACGACUGGGAGAAUAAAAAGCAAAUCAGACACGCCCUCUGUGCCGGAUACCAGAAUGAAACCACUGAAGUGUCCUUGAAACUGGAAAACUUUAAGGAAGUCCGUGGAUCAAUAUUCCAAAAAAUCGGAGAACAAUGGGCCGUGGCUAUGAAGGCAAAUCUCUGCGGUGAAGAGGUGGCGGCUCAUAAAAUUAUGGUCGGAUGCCAGUACGAGUUCGAACCGGGGCACAUGCUAAAGGCUAGAGUCCGCGGAGACACCUACGUGGGCCUAGUCUAUCAGAAGAAAUUACGGGAGGACAUUGAAAUGAUGCUUCAUGGCGGUAUCGAGGCAAGAGAUCCCCUCAACGGAAAUUAUUCAAUUGGUACUUCCUGGUACUUCAAUUUAAGUAUCUGAUAUAAAUUAUAAUGUGCUUGGAACUAUUCUAACUAAAGUUCCGAAAAAAGGUUUUAAUGUAAAUUUUUAACAAGUUCUUAAUAAAAAGUUGGUAAUGCAA